AAUGUACGACGGGUGUAACGCCGCAAACAAGCAGCCAAACGGAUCGCGGCAGAUUUGAGAUUCAAUUGCUGGGAAUUCAUCAGCACAGAAGGCGGUCAAAUCGGCUGGAGUGAACUGAAUUGGCCAUCAAUCAGCUCAAGUGGCAGGAAUUAAUACUUGUUUAGGAAAGCGCAACGUCGUUGCUGCCCCAGCUGCUGCCCCUUCCCGCGCAAUCAGCCAACAAGCCUGGACCACUACUUAUUCACCUCCCGCCUCCAUUCACCACCAUCUUUUUCACCUCUCUUCUUCAAAACCACAACAUUCCUUUCGACUCUGCAUUUUUCACCUCGAUCAUCCUCUCUACCUCAAUACAUCUCUACAGCAUCCUUGAUAAAUCAUCAAUCCUGCUCAAGCAUCCCACACCUUCAUCCCUACACCGCCAGGACCACCUCACCCGUCAAGAUGCAGAUCAAGUUUGUCAUCGUCAUGGCUAUGGCCACCCUCGGCAUGGCUGGCUUCCAAGUCAAGGUCGUCGAGCAGGCCAACGAGUCGUGCGGCUGUACCGUCACCGUCACUCCCACUUGUUCGUCAGUCGUGGUUCCUGGUUUGCCCACCGCCGAGUCGACUACCCCCGUUGUUCCCACCACCGAGACCUCAACUGCUGUCAUCCCCACCACCACCACCACCUCGGUUCCCGCCACCGGCGCUGGUGCCUCAUCGACUCCGGUCUACUCGGUUCCCUCGCUUAGCACCACUGGCGAGACUACACCCGUCACCACCGGAGCUACUGGCAUCACUGGUUCCUCUGCCACGGUUGUUUCCACCUACAUUUCCACCCCGGCUACUUCGCCCGGAGCGGGAACCACUGCCCCGUCUCCCAGCGCUCCCGGAACCACUGCCGGUGCUGGUGCAGCUGCUCGCCCCACUGGCGUUCUCGUCAUCGGUGCUCUGCUUGCUGGAGGUGCCCUCUACGCCAACAUCUAAGCAAGGCAGGUACCAUUCAAUCUCACGU